AUGCUGUACAGCGAUGAGCAGCUGCAGGACAUUACGCAGGACUCAUUGCGGAGACUUGUAGGGCAAUGCACGUACGCAAAAAUUCCAUCCAACACACACCCACUACGCUUUGAGAGUACCGAUAAUGCCAUCUUCCACCUGGGUAAAUCCUCGCGUUUUCGCAUUGAGGUGCAACAUGAGCCGGAAGAGAUAGGGGAUCUCUGGUUGUCUCUAGUUACUGACGACCACACUCGGCCAACUCUCGAGCUUACUGUCACUGUAGACGUGAUGCAUGCCGAAGACAUGCUCACAUGCUUUGUGCAGGCUCUCCCUAUUUCCUCUGUUGCGUUCGUGGAGGUCAGUUCGUGCUUUCGAUGGCCAGACGGGUUGCACGGAAUCUUCGACCACCUUUCAUCUGCUGAAACUCUCAAACUCGCUGACAUGACUCACGAAGAAAGUCGCGCAGUCAUAGAAAGCUUGCGCCCUCGAGAAGGACGGUUACCCGCUCCGCAACUUCGCAAGGUCAUAGUACAGGGCAAGGAGGGAGGUACAGAUUGCCCGAGUCUCGACGCUUUGCGGCAGUGCAUCAUCGCCCGCCAAGCUCUGGGAUGUGGAAUAGAAAGGGCUGUAUGCGGGAGGAAUUGUGAUGUCGUAACAGGCGAAGUCAGCUCCCUAAGCGGAUUAGGAAUCGACGUGGACUGGCUGCCCUAUCUGUAA